AUGGACACUGUUUGUAGUGAAAGUGGUUCGACUGAAGACCAGAAGUUAAACCAUGUCCUACCGGAAAAAUUUUCUAUCGAAACCGAAAGAGGACCUUUGAGUGCUGGCCUCCGUGAGACAAGAACAAAACAGAUCUUCAAAGUAAUGCAGUAUUUGGGUCUUGUUCAAGGAGACAGAUGGAGAAAAUUCGGGCGCAGUUUUAUUCUGGUGAUUGUUGUUAUAACAUGGAUGCCACCAACUUUUCUGGCGAUCUGCGUACAGAAAAACCCAAUUAUGUCCUCACCAAGUGGCUUACCGACAAUUUUGUUACUCUUGGGGCUUGCUCUAUCGCAUCACUUCGGAGCCUAUUACGGGUUCAAGCAUCGUAAAAGACUGAGAAGGAACAUAAGUUUGGCCAUCGAACGAGCGAAUUUCUGCCGAACAUGCCUGAUCGUGAUCGUGACGUUUGCAAUGUUGACUUUGUCGUAUCUCGUUCUUUUAAUCCACUUGUAUGUCACGCAGUCGAUUCGCCCCAUUCCGUGGCUUCAGAUUGGCUUUAUCUAUUUCCUUGGGUAUAUUUACUGCGGUGCAAUAGGUGUAGCAAUGAACUUAGCUUUUAGUGCAUCGUGCACCGCUGUCAAAAUCAGGAUCAUCGACCUCCAGGACAUGUUGAAAAACUGGUCUGAAGGACUUCGAGAGGCUCUUAUCGAGUAUCACGAACUCUGCGAUUUCAUGAACGAAGAAAUCGAAUCAAUCAAAUGGUGGCUAUUGGCUAAUAUCGUCACUUUUAUUGUCAACUGGCUGGUCAAUUUUCAAUUGUGGCAAAUUCUGGGAGGCGAAGGUCAAGGUGAUGUGAUGAGGUUAGUGUUUUACAACUGUUCGUGGAGCCAGCCUCUUCCUGCGCCGAAGUUGCUCCUUAUGAACGGACUCAUCACUGGCUGCGAGGUGCUUUUCUCCUGUCUGGUCUUCUUCUUCUUCAUGUCGCCACUCUACUGGACUGCUACGGUAACCUUGCAGUGCAACAGGUUCCGCGAAUGGGUCAACCGCACUAUAGUACAAACAGAUGAGAGACCUCUCGGGAAUUUCAAUGUCGAGUCGCUAGAUUUCUUCAUCAACCGGGUGCAGAUGGCUAGUUAUUUUGCUUUCAGACUAUUUGGGAUUAAUGUUACUAAGGCGCUUUUAUCGGUGACAGGUUUAAUGACCACUGUGAAGGUUGUACUAGGUAUCGUGACGAAAAAACUGCUACCUUCUUAGCACUUGAGCGGUGCAACUUGAAGUGUUUGUUAAACACGCAAUAUAGACAAAGGUCAAACGUUUGUACCUGUGUGAACGUUGUAAUGGUAAAUGAGAUGCUUUCCGGAAGUCGUUACGACUUUGUGUAACAGGAAUUACAAACAACCUCUUAAGUCAAUUGAGUCAGUAUAAUUUUUUGUUAAAGCUCAAAACAAAAUUUUAAAAACAAAAGGAUACCCGUAAUUUAAGAAGAUUCUUCUUCGUAAAUUCUCGAGUUUUACUUUUCCCUUCUUUUUUUUCCUUUCAUUGAUUUCUAUGAACGUUUCAAUUUUUCCGCGAAAACUAUGCAUGACAGCAGUCGUUUCUUAUGUUUUGCUAAGAAAUUUUGCGAGAUGAAUUGACGCUUAGCUGCCCAAAAUUGAACUGAUUGCGCAUACCUGAUGUUGGACCGCCGGCAUAUACAUAUACAUAAACAAAAUAGCCACCAGUAUAAAAAAUAAAACUGGAUCACUGGAUCAUUUUGCAAUUGA